CUGCAGCCUCCCCCGCCCCUUCCGCCUUCGCAUGGCGCCGUCUCUUCCGGCGCGGGGAGGAACAUGGGGACAAUACAUCUGUUCCGCAAAUCACAGAGAUCGUUGGUUGGAAAGUUAACACAUGAAUUUAGGCUGGUUGCAGCAGAUAGGAGGUCUUGGAAGAUCUUGCUGUUUGGUGCUAUAAAUUUAAUAUGUAUUGGCUUCCUGCUAAUGUGGUGCAGCUCUACAAACAGCAUAGCUUUAACUGCUUACACGUAUUUGACAAUCUUUGACCUUUUCAGUUUGGUAACAUGUCUAAUAAGCUACUGGGUAAUGAUGAAGAAACCCAGCUCAGUCUAUUCUUUUGGGUUUGAAAGGUUUGAAGUUCUAGCCGUAUUUGCAUCUACAGUUCUGGCACAGCUUGGUGCUCUUUUUAUACUGAAAGAAAGCGCAGAGCGAUUUCUGGAACAACCUGAGAUACACACUGGGCGACUGCUGGUUGGUACUUUCGUGGCUCUCUUUUUCAACUUAUUUACAAUGCUUUCCAUUAGGAAUAAGCCUUUUGCUUAUGUCUCUGAAGCUGCCAGCACAAGUUGGCUUCAGGAGCACGUUGCAGAUCUUAGUAGAAGCAUUUGUGGAAUCAUCCCUGGAUUGAGUAGCAUCUUUCUGCCACGAAUGAACCCUUUUGUCUUGAUUGAUAUUGCUGGAGCUCUAGCUCUUUGCAUUACAUACAUGCUCAUUGAAGUCAACAAUUAUUUUGCUGUAGACACGGUCUCUGCUAUAGCAAUUGCUUUGAUGACGUUUGGUACCAUGUAUCCCAUGAGUGUCUACAGUGGGAAAGUACUGCUUCAGACAACCCCGCCUCAUGUGAUUGGCCAGUUAGAUAAACUUCUUAGAGAGGUUUCGACUUUGGAUGGUGUCUUAGAAGUUCGAAAUGAGCAUUUCUGGACGUUAGGUUUUGGCACUUUGGCUGGAUCAGUGCACGUUCGAAUUCGGAGAGAUGCAAAUGAACAAAUGGUACUUGCCCAUGUCACUAACAGAUUAUACACAUUGGUCUCUACUUUGACUGUUCAGAUUUUCAAAGAUGACUGGAUCAGACCUACCUUAUCAUCUGUGCCUAUUGCAAACAACAUUCUAAACAUUUCGGAUCAUCAUGUUAUUCCAAUGCCAUCCUUGAAAGCUGCGGAUAAUUUGAACCCUGUUACAUCCACUCCAGCUAAGCCCAGCAGCCCGCCGCCAGAAUUUUCUUUUAAUACACCAGGCAAAAAUGUGAGUCCAGUCAUCCUUUUAAACACUCAGACAAGGCCCUAUGGACUGGGCUUUAAUCAUGGAUCCGCACCCUACAGCAGUGUACUCAAUCAAGGAUUUGGAAUACCAGGAAUGGGAGCAACUCAAGGAUUCAGAACUGGUUUUACAAAUGUCCCAAGCAGAUAUGGAACAAAUGCUCGUGGGCAACCCCGACCAUAAUAAACAGCAUUAUUUAUUGUACUUAAGGGUAUUGACUUAAUUCUUUUAUUACCCAAUUUUUAUAAACAUUUGGAAUGUCAGAUCAUUCUAAAUGGCUGGGAACAAGUGCAUUGUUCAUAUUCAUGAAAUGGUUAAAUUGCAAUUUUUUGCUUUUCAUCAGCAGUAGCCUGUGUAAUGCCACAAGUAUUUUCCAGAUGUAUGAUACUUUGCAGGUAGUUUUUAUAGAGCAUCUAUUUCUAUUCCACUUUUUAUUAACUUCUGUUUUUUUCCCCAAGAAUGUAUUGAGAUAGAGCACAACUCCGUGAUGGAGUCAAAUUGUGACCAGGUAGCAUUUUUUUUCUUAUGAGAAUUGCUUACUGAAUGCUGAGUGACCGUGAGAGUAGGAAAUUGCAGAAAUACAAGUCCCAGUUUUUAGAGAUAUUUUGAUUGCUGUAUUAAGCUAUCUAUUAGCAAAGUCACAAUUAGUUUUUUGGUUGCAAAAAUCCAUCAGUAUCCAUGUUGUGGCCAUUGUGAAGACAAUCUGGCAUUUCAGAUUCUAAUUAAUUUUGUGAGACCGUAUUUUUACAUUUUUAUUGAUGCUUUUAUAGAAACUGAGAUGGUUCAGCAACCAGUUUCUAGUUGUCAGUAUUCCAUAUUCUUCUCUGAUAUUUCUUUUAACUGCAAAAUUAAUCAGCAAUAUAUUGGGAAGUAAAAUAUUCCAAGAUUUUACAAGCAAUUUUUUAUGAUUAACCCUAUGUAAGAUACAGAGCAGAUGGCGGUAUUGUUUCUAAAGCCAGUAUUUCAUUUUUGACUAUGGAAAAUAUUCUCUGAUUCAAUUGUGACUUUGUAUUUUUCCUCUUUGUAUUUUUUCUGUAGUUUCAGGGGAAAAAAAUAUCUUUUUAUAUUCCUGGUUUAUAUCCAGAGUACAGGUCAGUGAUCACUGACAGUUCUUAAAGUCAUUGCUAGAGUGCUUAACCUUUGGGGCACACUUGGAACAAGACUGCCGAACUUGUCUCUGCUUUUGCAUUGUCGUUCUACCGUACAACUAGAAGGCCAUAUUUCUUCAGGGCCUUUCUCGGAGACCUGUUCCCUCUGCUCUGAUAAGAAGGAAAGGCCUUUUAGAAACACCAGAUUGUUUUCUGUUCUCCUGUGGAGUGUGUCUCUCUUAAAUCCCCAGCCAAUACCUCCUCUGCACUUUCUUCUGCAUCUUUCGGCUGUUGAGGAAUGGGUUGCGCGUUCCUUCUGUUUCACUGCAACUCAGGGUGCUAUAUAUUGGCUUCCACCUUGUUAGUCUGUGUACUAAGUAAGUCUUUCCAUUUGUCCAAGGUGGUUAUAUGGAGCUGUAGUAUCUCAGGGACUCCAAAGAUAUGAAUGUUACCUGAAGAUAAUGGGUUCAAUAGAGGAAUCUUUCUGUAGUAGAACUGAGUUGAGAAAAAACAGCCUUCAUUUGAAUUUUCAAGAUCUGUGGUCUCUUCACACUGGCUGAGUAUUUCUUUUUCUGCAUAAGGACAUUGCUUUCGUCUUUUUUCCCCCCUCUACUACCUGUGUUUCUUCAAUGCAUGAAAGAGGGCGUCACUUUGAAAACAAAGCAAGGGGAUGUUCUGUGUGAUGUUUUAGGCUGAGGGUAGUGCCCAGACUGCCACUGAUGUACAGUCCAUGUAAGCUACAAACAGGGAAUCUAGUUCUGUACUUCAUUUGCAGCAAGAGUGACGGUUCAAUUGCUGUGUUAGAAAAUUGAAUGACCUGGAAUACUUGUACUUAAAGAAUACAGUGAACUUGUAACAAUUGGAUAUGUUUCUUUGAGGCCAGGAUAAGCUCAGUAAUCACCUUUGUUUCAUUACUCUGUCUUUAUGUGUGGUUUAUGACAUGUGCCAUUGCUGCUUGGAAAUUUACUGAAGUACAGAACCCUUGAACAGAUCCUCUGUACCUCUUGGGUGCUGAACUAGACUGCCAUCCCUGCAGCAUCUGCAACACCUUAGAGCCAGCAGAAUGUUUACAAUAUACUGCUCUAGUGUGGCCUAUUUGAGAAUUGUUCCUUACUGCAGUUUCAUAACCAAACACUUGCCCUUUUUCUGACAUUUUAAAUACAUUGUAUUAUACUGAUUGCAUGCCUGCUUGUUUUUAGUAGAAAAUUAAAGCUCCAUUUUAUUAAAAAAUGAAGCUGAUCAUUGAUUUCAAAUGAGGAGGAGGAGUGAGAAUCCCAGAAUUCUGAGUGCAAUAUAAACAUUUUACAAAAUUAUUUUUUGGAGUGAUUGUUUACAAUAUAUAUCAUA